AUGGAGGAACAGAAAGAACCACCAUUUAAGGAAUCUUUCGAUUCCAGAAAAUUAAAACCACCCAAUAAAAAGAAAUUUGAAGAAGAACUAGAGCGUCUGACAAAUAAACUGAAAGAGUUGGAGUCCCAAUAUGCUGGACUCAAAUCUUCGAUCAGUAGUAGCCCGCUCAAAAGCAUCAGACUGGAAAAAGAUGCCACUUUUGAUCGAAAUAAGAAAAUCAACAACGAUUUAAAAUCUUUGAAUAAGGAAAUCUCAGAAAAGAUCUAUUCUGUAUCUCAACUACAGUCUGGGUUGGUGUAUAAAAAUGAAGAUAAACACAAUGAUGCUAUAAGGAAAUUGGAAUGGAACCUGGCUCACCAUUCCUACAGACUGACAGAAGAAAGGAGAAUUGUGGCUGAAAUUGACAAAUUAAAACGCUCAAAAAUAAGUCUCAACACGUAUAACAAUGCUAAAGCUCAGCUGGAUGAGUUAAGAAAUAAACAAAGACGCAUGAGAGAAGAGAGAGAUCAUUAUUCACGAACAAUCACACAACUUCGAUCUCAGGAAGAUGAGGCCAAACGCAAACUCAGUGCCAAUAGAAUUACAGCAGAGGCCUUGAAGAAAGAAAUUGAUGAAUUGUACGCCGCCAAACGGAAGCUGUAUGAAGACUUCAAGAGAAAUCAAGCAGAGUUUCAGGAUGCCCAGAAAAAAAAACGACAAGAAAGUUUUAAGAAAAAGGAAGAGGAGAGAAAAGCUGUUCUUGAGGCCAAACAGAGAGAAGAAGAAGAGCUAGAAGAAUUGAGGGUACCGUAUGAACAAGACAAGUUGCUAUGCAACACACUAAUCAGCUAUCUGCAAGGAUUUCCGUACACUCCUUUUACCCCAACUACUCCAACCACCCCUACCACUCCUUCUACAGAUUCCCCUACUUCCUGCAGUGAUAAACUACCUUAUUCUUCAGGAGCAUCAUCUGGUCCAGCAGAAGAGCUGGAAGAUGGAAAUCUGAUCUUAUUAAAGAAAUCCGAAGAUAAUGACUUUAUUGGUGGAAAUGUGAAAAAAACACAGAAGAAAAGAGGGAAGUCCCGAAAACCAUCAAUGACUAAAUUGAUCACCCAUUGUCCAGAAGUGAUCACUCAGUUUGCAUCUUUAAACCUACGAGCUCCCUGUAGCGUUCAGGAGAUUCCAGCCUCAUUAGAACAGCUUCGGGCCAGAAAGUUGUAUUAUGAACAGAUCUCUGAGACACAAAGCACGGUAUCAUUGACAGAGAGUGGUAUCUGUGAGAUGUCUAGACAAGCCAGCAAUACUGAGUCCUGCGGCAGUGCUUGCGAGACCCGUCCAUCAGAUCAUAUUCUAGACGAAAUAGUAGGAGGGAAGGAUUAUUGUCCUGAAUUUCCUGAGGUCGAAUCCUUUACGCAGAUACCCGAACUACAGUCCAUGGAGGGUUCGGAAACCCCACGAAAUCUUAGCGUUAGUAGUGGAAGUGUCAUGUCCACAGACGUUGAGGAAUUCGACAGCAACGGACAAUCAUUAGAAAGUUCAGGUCACCUGUCUCAUAUCGAUCAAUCAGAAUUCUCCUUACAUCACAAAAAAGUCACAAAAUCCUUGAAUGAAGUAUUAAAGAUCCAAUCAGAAACUGUCUCUCAAAGUGAAAAUAAAUCGAAGCUCAACCAACCCGAGGCCUUGUUACAUAAUAGUGUAGAAAAGUCCAAUUGCAUGGAGAGUGGCGAUGCUCGUCCAAAAACUUUAAACGUGAAAUCUCAUGAAGGCGACAUUGUGGAUUCUGGCAUCGUUAGUGACAUCACUGAAGAAUCCAAUGCCAUGUCAUAUAACGAGAAUGAGAAAUUGUCAGGAACCGACAUACCAAAAUCAGGCAAAAAUUCCAGUCUCGCUGAAACAAAGGAAUACAAUGAACAAUCAGAAACAACCAAACUUUAA